UUCGAGGACAUAUAUCCGGUGUAUAUAAAAGUUUAGUGUAUAUGGUGCACAUAUUAAAUCAUCACUAUCCAUCUUAGGUCAAAUGUCUCUGGUUGAUCAUUAUAAUUUGUAAAUAACAUACCUCUUACCACUACAACCCACCACGUCGGAGGAUAUCCUUAGCAAAAUAUAACAAACAACUAUAGAUCUUAGAUAUAAAAUGAGGGAUGUUGAUUUAAUAUGUGCAUCAUAUAUACUAGAUAUGUUCUCUCUUUUUUUCACCUGUGUGGCAACUGGCAACGCACUUGCAAAAUACUAGUAGUAGUGCCAUAAUUUUACACGUUAUACUGAUGGCCGGGUGCAAUGGGAGUACUUAAGAAGCUGAAGGAUCUCAGAACCAGCCACGAACCCGUCUCCCCCGCGUCGGCCGCCCAGGGGCGGCACGGGCGGACCUGCACCUGCCGCCCCAGCCCUCCAUCGCCGGCCUUCCCCGUCCUCGCCGCCGCCCGAGACCGUGGCUGGGAUGCCCACGCAGAGGGCAAGGACGGCGGCGGGUGAUGUGCGUGCUGCUGGGUCCUUUUCGCCGGUGCCCGUGGGGGCCUGCUUCGAGAUCCCUUGUCUGGAUUAGUCCGGCACUGGCGCAGAUCUCGCCUCCAUGGCUGGGGUGGGGGCGUCUUUGGUGGUGCGGCGCGGCAGCUCCCGGCGGCGCUUUCCGGUGGCAGACAGUCGGUUGGAGACCAGUUUCGUGGCCUUCCUCGUCUUCCAUGGCUGUGGUGGACGGUCCGACGGUGCUGGUGGUGAGCGGCGGGCUGGUGGUGCGGGUGUUGCUGCUGGCGCCAGUGAGAUGCGCGGGCUAGAUCUGGGGCAGUGGGUUGGUGCUCGGCUUGCCCAUCUGUGCUCCGACCUCCCUUCCCGUGGGCACGUUCCGGCGCCGGCAUCUUGGCGGAUCCGGCCGAGGAGGAUGACGAGGGUGUCGCUGCCGGGGGCAGGCACAACGGCGUGUUUGGCGGGCCGCAGGUUAGCUCGGCGCGCGGCCAUGGAUGCGUCGGCUUGGAGCGGCGGUGGGCCAGCGGGGUGGCCCCUGCGGCGCCUGCUGUGGUGCGCUCGCCAGCACCUUAGAUCCGCCGCGUCGCAGCUGCUCCUGUCAGAUCUGACUGACGGGGGUGCGGCGCCAUUUGUCGUUGGCGGCGAGUUGCGUGACACUCACGUCUAGCGUCUGCUUGCUUCGGGGCCACGUCUGCCAGGGCCGGCAACGGUUCCGGUGCGUGGCAGUGUGUUGCUCACGGCUCGGUGGUGCUCGGUUUCUGUGUGCCUUAACAGAGGGGAUGGUGGCCGACGGAGGUGUGCGGCUGCUGCGCAGUCGGCGCGUCGAUGCCCCUCUGCAAGGGUUUAUGUGGGGUUUCAGGACAAUGACGAUGUCGGAGGUCGCUUGCUUUGAUCAGGGUCUUGGCCUGACAUUGUGCUAGGGGCUUUUUGGGUAAAAGACUUGACGACGGUGACGCCCGUGGGCGCCGUUGCCCUGUUGAGGGCAUCGCAUUCUUCAGCACUGUUUUCUAUGGGCGAAAGCCUGGUCCAUCUCGGACAUACGAUGGUGGCGUCCCCAACGUCACUCCCUUCCUGAAGGCGUCGCUUUUGUCGGCCACGACGUCGCCCUCGGUUUGUUGCUUUCGCUUCUCGGCACCUGGUAGGCGGGUGAAGGUGCGGGCUUGCAGCAUGAAGUCGGAGCUGUUACGUCAGGGCAUGUGGCUCGGCAACGAUGACGUGCGGCGAUCCCCCCUUCUUCGUGAACUGGGAUGCUUCGGAGGUUGGGCGUCUGUCGGGGGCGAAGCAGAGGAUCUUGUUUGGAAGUCUCGUUGGUGAAGAAUCGAAGCUACUCCGCGUGGGGUGUCUCGAGGCUUGGCAACGACGGCGCACCGCGGUCUUCCUCCUCCUGUGUUGGUGUUGUGGGUUUAGACGUCGUCGGCUUUCCUUUGGUCAUGUGCUGCCUGUCUUGGGGAGUCGGAGCUGCUCGUUCUUUGUGUUGAGCUCGGCAACGAUGACUUUAGAGGGGCUCUGUGUGUGAGGCUGUUGUCGUCUGCGUCGCUUGUACAUCCUGUAUAGGUUUUAGGCCCGGUUUUACCUUAAAAUUGAAUCAUUUCUACUCUUCUUAA